CGAAGAGAGCUGCGUCCCGACAGGCGUUCGCCAGGGGCGCCCCUACCGGCCGAGGCCCCCCCUCUCACCCGCCCGUCGCCGUGGCAACGGGCGAAGCCGCGGCGCGGCCCGGUGCGGAGGCUGGGUUCAGGGUCCAGGGUCCGGGCCUCGGAGCCGGUUUGUCCGCCCCGUCCCCAGCGCCAUGGCCGCCGAGGUGGCGGUGGUGGGAUCGUGUAUGACCGACCUGGUCAGUUAAAAUGCCUUAAACAUUUCUGAACAGAAUGCUACCCGGUUCUACGUGCCUGGAAACAAACUUUACCACGAGAUUGCCAAGAGCUGGAGAAACUGUCCUGGGACAGAAGUUUUUCAUUGGUUUUGGUGGGAAAGGAGCCAAUCAGUGUGUCCAGUCUGCUCGACUUGGGGCCAAGACCUCUCUGAUCUGCAAGGUUGGGAAAGAUUCCUUUGGCAAUGAUUAUGUUGCAAAUUUGAAGAAGAACGAUGUUUCUACAGCAUUUGUAGGUCAGACUGCAGAUGCUGUUACUGGAACUGCUUCAAUAAUUGUCAACAGUGAAGGACAGAAUGUUAUUGUCAUAGUUCCAGGAGCCAAUCUGCUUUUAAAUUCUGAAGACCUGAAGAGAGCUUCUGAUAUCAUCUGUAAAGCCAAAGUGGUUGUCUGCCAGCUAGAAAUAACCCCUGCUGUUUCUCUUGAAGCGCUGAAAAUGGCACGUGCCAGUGGAGUAAAAACCUUGUUUAACCCUGCUCCUGCCCUUGCUGACCUAGAUCCAGAAUUUUAUACCCAUUCUGACAUCUUCUGCUGCAAUGAAACUGAGGCGGAAAUUUUAACGGGCAUCCCAGUUGGCAACCUUGAAGAUGCUGAAAAGGUGGGACGCAUGCUGUUAGAAAGAGGGUGUAAGCUCGUAAUUGUUACUCUUGGAGCAGAAGGCUGCAUGAUGAUAUCAGUAGAAGAACCCAUUCCAAAGCACGUUCCUGCUGAGAAGGUCAGGGCUGUGGACACUACGGGAGCUGGAGACAGUUUUGUGGGAGCACUGGCCUUCUACCUGGCUUACUAUCCCGAGCUGCCCAUGGAGGAAAUGGUCAGGAAGUCUAACUACAUUGCAUCAGUGAGUGUCCAGGCAUCAGGGACACAAUCUUCAUAUCCUUACAGGAAGGACUUGCCUCAGGACCUUUUCUAAUUGAUAUUGUCUAGCUCAGUGUACUGAUUUUAUCUUAUCCCAGACAGCAUUAUUCUCCUGACUGCACAGACGUUCCCCUCCACUGACUGGAAAGACCAGGAAAGUCUCUUUGCUUAUUUGAGAAAUCCUAUUAGUUCCUGUUCUGCAAUAGUAAAGAUGGGGCUGGGAUGGUUAUCUUCCCAACACAGCACAGGCGGUCUGUCCAGCCCCACACAUCACGCCUGAGCCAUCCCAUCCAACCUACUGUGCUACGUGGAAUGCAUACAAAGCUCACAGCAAUGCAUCAGGAGGGUUCUGCGCUCCUGCUACAUUUUGACUUGAUUUUAAUCAGGCCUUCUGAUACGUGAUGCCAGGAAAUGAAGCUUUGAAAUUGUGACUUUGGUUCUCAGUUGCAAGCACUGAGGUCAGUGUUCAUCAGCACUGGGCUCACUGAAUACCCAGGGGUCAGCUCCUCCCCAUCCUGCAGCUCAUUGCACAGCUCUGGGUACUGAGCUCUUACACGCCUUCCUACGUGCCUUGGAUGGGAGCUGCAGCAUGUAUUGGGUCCCUCACAGUGGAGGGGGGCUGACAAUGCUACCGAGCCCAACUCUGAUACACAUCUGUAGCCAUACUGCUGUAAAGCCUGCAUGAGACAGCUGAAGGAGAAAACCCUCCAACAAAAUCUGCCAGAGAACAAACCAGAGGAUUGAUGUGAUAAGCUACUUUCUUCAUGCUUGACAAAAGCCCCAAGUUAAAGCCCUGGCCUACUUACCUGACUUGGAAUAAUAUCACCCUAUGAGCUGUGGUCACGGCUUAUCCAAAAGUGUCUUAUCCCACCUGCUGCCCACUGCUGCUUCCUAACCUAGGAAGAAGCUGCUGCAAUGCUGCUCCUCCUAGGAAUGCCACUUCGUGAUCACUACUGUUCAAUCUGUGGCUGGUAGGUUAGAAAAACUUGCAAUCCUGCCAUUGAAUUCCCGCUGUGGAAAAUGUUAAUUUUUAUUGCCUUUAAAAACAAUAGUUCCUUUGAAGACUACAGCCUCUUUCACAAUGGAAAACACAGACAAUGGGAUCUGCCAUUUAUUUUUUUUUAAUUGAGCACUGUAAAAAUAACUCAAAAGAUAAAUAAAUGUUACUGUGAUGAUCUA